UGGGAACUGUGAACGCGCCAAGACGGACACACGCACACCUACAUUUCUUCUUUUCUUCCUCAUCUUCUUGCCAUUUGUGGCAGAUAGCGUCACUUUGCUCCAAUAUCGUUCAGUUUGGGCUAUCGUACGGUCUGUUUUUCUGUGAUUUUGUAGACUUGAGACACAGCCGUUAUCAUGAGCAUAUUCGGCCAGACUAGCACAGCGUUCGGCGGAACGUCCGUGUUCGGCGGGACCUCCACUCCAGCGGCGCAGACCCAGGGCACACACAACCCCAUGAAGGACAUCGAGGUCGCCUCGCCGCCUGACGACAGCGUGGCAGCGCUGGCCUUCAGCCCCGCGGCCACCGCUACCACCUUCCUGGUGUCAGGGUCCUGGGACAACAACGUGCGCUGCUGGCAGAUCGAGCAGAACGGACAGACCAUCCCCAAGGCGGAACAGAAGCACACGGGCCCCGUGCUGGACGUGUGCUGGUCUGAUGACGGCACCAAGGUGUUCUCAGCUAGCUGCGAUAAACAAGCCAAGUGCUGGGACCUCAACAGUAACCAGUGCAUCCAGGUGGCUCAGCAUGACGCCCCCAUCAAGACCGUACACUGGGUCAAGGCCCCCAACUACACCUGCCUGAUGACCGGCAGCUGGGACAAGACCCUGAAGUUCUGGGACACGCGCAGCCCCAACCCCAUGAUGACCAUCCAGCUGCCUGAGAGGUGCUACUGUGCCGACGUCAUGUACCCUAUGGCUGUGGUGGGCACCGCAGGCCGGGGCAUCAUCGUCUAUCAGCUGGACAACCAACCAAAGGAGUACAAGAAAAUAGAGUCACCCCUGAAGUACCAGCAUCGCUGUGUUUCCAUCUUCAAGGACAAAGACGCACGCCCUACGGGGUUUGCUCUGGGAUCCAUUGAAGGGAGGGUGGCCAUCCACUACGUGAACGCCACCAACCCACGAGAUAACUUCACCUUCAAGUGUCACCGAUCGAACGGCAGUAACAACGCCGUGCAGGACAUCUAUGCUGUGAACGGAAUAGCGUUCCAUCCCGUCCACGGGACUCUGGCGACCGCCGGGUCUGAUGGCAAGUUCAGCUUCUGGGACAAGGACGCUCGUACCAAGCUGAAGACGUCGGAGCAGCUGGCCCAGCCCAUCUCCGCGUGCACCAUCGACCCGCGCGGAAACAUCUUCGCGUACGCGGCGAGUUACGAUUGGUCCAAGGGCCACGAGUACUACAACCCGCAACAGCAGAAACCUUGCAUCCUUCUGCGUAGCUGUGCUGAAGAACUCAAGCCACGAAACAGACGAACCUAAGGAUAAUGAACUGCAGAGGAUAGACCUCGAGAGGCAGGCAAAACACAUGUACAUGUACAGACGUAUGAACUACCUAAGCUGUAUGAGAUAAUAGACAAAAAGAAGUACAGUAACAUGCAGCUAUUUGAAUUCAACCUGAAAAACUCUAGCUUAGAAGCCUAGAAACAGACAAACCUAAGUAAAGAUGACAAAUUACAGUCAAACCUGUGCAAGAAGACCACUUGAGACCGAUGAAAUCUGGUCCAUGUGGACAGGCCAACACUACACUAUAGUAUAGACAGGAUUCUAAAGGCUUGUGUCCAGCCGAGGAGAGAAAAAAAAAACAUGGCCUGAGUACCAACCUUCUGUGUUACCUACGGGUCUCCUUUUUCGCUUGCUUACAAGGUAAGGGAGCAAAAGGAGAGCCAGAGGUAACUAUGGUGGAUGGUGGGAGGGACCUCCGAAAAGUGGUCACAUUGGUCAGGCGGUCCUUAUGUAGAGGUGGUCACUUGUACAGGUUUGACUGUACAUCAUUGGACAGGUGGUCAAUAGUGCAAGUCUGAUUGUACAGAGGAGAGAACCAAAAUAGAUGCAGAUCAUGCAGUAUGUUCUUACCAAAGCUGUAGAAGAUUACUGUAUAGACAAAAGAAAGCAACAUGCAAAACUGUAUGUAGUUCUACCCAAGUACAUUUGUGUACAUUAAACAUACUUAGGGAUGUCUCAUAAAGAGACAUCUGAAAUAUAGAUUUAGUAUACUAAGUAAACUACCAAAGCCAUAUAAGACAAUAGGCAAAGAAAGUAACGCAAAGCUGUAUGCACUUCCAUGAAGUAGAUUUUGAGAACUAUUCCAACCGUUCAAACAUCGCAAAAACUUUAGCAAUGCUGUAAAGGCAUCUUUUUUUCUAGUCCCAGUUAUUGUGGGCUUUCUGCAUGUGAUGUUACCAUCCUCUCAGUUUUCCUGUAUCAUUUGUCUGUAUACUUCCAAGACAUGUAUGAACAAGUGUAGUCAAAAGCUACUGUAUGUACCCAUGGUCUAUUAAAAUUCAUAUGUAGAUAAAAUUUGUUCAUAGAA